AUGGAGAUGGAAUCUGGAAGAAGGGGGUGGAAUCUGGGAGAAGGAGAUGGAAUGAGGGAGAAGGGGAUGGAAUCUGGGAGAAGGGGAUGGAAUCUGGGAGAAGGGGAUGGAAUCUGGGAGAAGGGGAUGGGGUCUGGGAGGGCGGGAUGGAAUCUGGGAGAAGGGGAUAGAAUGAGGGAGAAGGGGAUGGAAUCUGGCAAAAGGGGAUGGAAUCUGGGAGAAGGGGAUGGAAUCUGGGAGAAGGGGAUGGAAUCGGGGAGAAGGGGAUGGAAUCUAGGAGAAGGGGAUGGAAUCUGGGAGAAGGGGAUGGAAUCUGGGAGAAGCGGAUCAAAUCAGAGAGAAGGGGAUGGAAUCUGGGAGAAGGGGAUGGAAUAUGGGAUGGAAUCUGGGAGAAGGGGAUGGAAUCUGGGAGAAGGGGAUGGAAUCUGGGAGAAAAGGAUGGAAUCUAGUAGAAGGGGAUGGAAUCUGGAAAAAGGGGAUGGAAUCAGGGAGAAAGGGAUGGAAUCUGGGAGAAAGGGAUGGAAUCUGGGAGAAGGGGAUGGAAUAUGGGAGAAGGGGAUGGAAUCUGGGAGAAGGGGAUGGAAUGUGGGAGAAGGAGAUGGAAUCUCGGAGAAGGGGAUGGAAUCAGGGAGAAGGGGAUGGAAUGUGGGAGAAGGGGAUGGAAUCUGGGAGAAGGGGAUAGAAUCUGGGAGAAGGGGAUGGAAUCUGGGAGAAAGGGAUGGACUCUGGGAGAAGGGGAUGGAAUCUGGGAGAAGGGGAUGGAAUCUGGGAGAAGGGGAUGGAAUCUGGGAGAAGGGGAUGGAAUCUGGGAGAAGGGGAUGGAAUCUGGGAGAAGGGGAUGGAAUAUGGGAGAAGGGGAUGGAAUCUGGGAGAAGGGGAUGGAAUCUGGGAGAAGGGGAUGGAAUCUGGGAGAAGGGGAUGGAAUCUGGGAGAAGGGGAUGGAAUCUGGGAGAAGUGGAUGGAAUGUGGAAGAAGGGGAUGGAAUCUGGGAGAAGGGGAUGGAAUGUGGAAGAAGGGGAUGGAAUCAGGAAGAAGGGGGUGAAAUCUAGGAGAAGGGGAUGGAAUGAGGGAGAAGGGGAUGGAAUCGGGGAGAAGGGGAUGGAAUCAGGGAGAAGGGGAUGGAAUCUGGGAGAAGGGGAUUGA